GAAAGUGGAGGAUUUAGAGGGCUAUCGCAGAUUGCAAUAUAUACCUUCUUAACACCGGCUCGGCCUGGGGCUCGGUCUGUGUCUGUGUGACUCUAACAAGCUGAAAUCUCCGCUCUGGUAACAUCAAGAUCCUGCGGCCAAGAUGAGUAGCGAGAAAAGACUGUCUGCAAGGCGCAAGCAUACACUCAAAAGUUGUAUGCUGGCGGUGGCUAAUACUUUAUUGGAAGCUGAAGCAAACGUGAAGGUUGGGGAGAGGGAGAAGUACCUGGCCGAGAAGUGUCCUCCUCUGGAGCUGCCGUACUCUAAAGAAGAGCUCACGGCACUCUGUGAGAAACUUCAUGAAGAGGUUGGCGUCAGUGAGGAGGAGAGAUACUGCAUAGAGUUCAAGCUGAACAUGGUUCUGAACGAGGUCCGAGACCUCAACAUAAAGAUCGUGGAUCUGAGAGGAAAGUUUAAGAGACCCAGACUGAAGAAGGUGCGUAUGUCAGCCGACGCCAUGCUGAAGGCUCUGCUGGGCUCCAAACACACGGUCAACAUGGACCUGAGGGCCAACCUGAAGCAGGUCAAGAAGGAGGUCAAAGAGGAGGACAAGCAGCUGCGCGACGUUGGAGACUGGCGUAAGAACAUUGAAGACAAGUCUGAUAGGAAGAAGAUGUUUGAUAGUUAAAUGUGAUCCGUCAUUGGUUGUUGGGCUUAUGAGUGAUGUUUAGGACAUGGCUCAGGUCUGAUGUCUUUGUUACUGAGGAGUUUUAUUCCAAAACGCUGCAAAAUCCACUGAAAAUCUGCUGAAGUCAUGACUGCUGUGAGGGUUAUGUGCAUAAACUAGUAUCUGGAAUAUCUUUCAUUACACUCAAGAUUGGUGCAUGUUUUUAAGCUUGUUUAAAGGAAAAGUCAGAGGUAAGGCCUCAGCUGUUUUAGUUUGUCAUUAGGAAUUUAAAAAGUGGACUCUGAGGAUUUGUGCUUUACCUUUCAAAUGCGGUAAAAAGAUUAAAAAGAAAGAUGCACAGAUUUUGUUUUUCUUUCUUUAGAAUAAAACUCCUCAUUUAGAUCUACGCUGCCGUCUGCUUUAGCCCGUAUCUACAUUGUAAUGUGAUGUAUUUGUUGUUCUGUCAUUUAGUACACGAGUGUGAAAUCAAACAUUUGCUUUAGUUUUAAGGAGGCUGACUGGUACUUCUGCAUCGAUAUGGCUCAGAGUUUUUACUUCUUACCAGACUAUUUCCAGCCAGAUUUGUCUUAGAUCAGUGAUUGAUUUAAGGCUGGCUUCAUCCAAGAUGAUUAGAGGGCUGAUUUAAGGUGAACUGAUCAUUCAUCGAAAUAAUCCUCAAGUCUGUGGUGUUAGUGGGAUUAUUGAACCUGCCUGAACUGAAUCACUAGAUUAAAAAAUGCCAAGUGUAAAGAGAGGGGUGGCUGUUUCGUUAGCUUGCCAUGCUAACGAAACAUCUACACCCUUGUCUUUUUACCGUUACCUUCGCAAGCCAACGCCAGUAAUUAGCAAAUGAAGCUGUCGUACGUGAACUCCUCCCUGCAGAAGUACCAUUCAGCCUUCUGCCUGUACUAAACAUCAUGUCAUCUUUUCUAAACUGUUCAAACAGACGUGUGAUGUACUUUUCUCAUCUUGUUGCUGUCAGAUUAAACAUGAGAGCUUCAUGUUCA